AUGGAUGUCCCCCCGGUGUAUGUCCACCCCGGUGUAUGCCCCUCCGGUGUAUUCCCCCCGGUGUAUGAACCCCCAUGUAUGUCCCCACGGUGUAUGUCCCCCCAGUUUAUGUCCACCGGUGUAUGUCACCCCGGUGUAUGUCCCCCGGUGUAUGUCCAUCGGGUGUAUGUCCCACAAUUGUAUGUGCCCCUGGUGUAUAUCCCUUCGGUGUAUGUCCCCCCCAGUGUAUAUCCCCCCGUGUAUGUCGCCCCGGUUUAUGUCCACCCCGGUGUGUAUGUCCCACCGGUGUAUGUCCCCCUCAGUGUAUGUUCCUCCUUUGUAUGCCCCCAGUUGUAUGACCCCCCCGGUGUAUUUACCCCUGUGUACGUCCCCACGGUGUAUGCCCCCCCAGUGUAUUUACCCCGGGUGUAUGUCUCCACGGUGUUGUCCCCCCGGUUGUAUGUCACCCUGGUGUAUGUCCUCCCGGUGUAUGUCACCGCUGUGUAUGUCCCCCCCGGUGUAUGUUCCCAAAUAUGUGCCCGCGGUGUUGUCCCACUGGUGUAUGUCCCCCUGGUGUAUGUCCGACCAGUGUAUGUGCCCCCGGUGUAUAUCCCUUCGGUGUAUGCCCCCCCAGUGUUUGUUCCCUGGGUGUAUGUCACCCCGGUGUAUAUCCCCCCCAGUGUAUGUCCCCCCAGUGUAUAUCCCCCCGAUGUAUCCCAGGUGUAUGCCCCCCUGGGUAUGUCCCCCGGUGUUUGUCCCCCGGUGUUUGUCCCCCCGGUGUAUGUCCCCCGGUAUAUGUCCCCCAGGUGUAUAUCCCGCCAGUAUAUGUCCCCCCGGUUGUAUGUCUCCCCAGUGUAUGUCCACCCGGUGUAUGUCUCCCCCGGUGCAUGUCCCACCGGUGUAUGUCCCCCUGUGUGUAUGUACCCCCGUGUGAAUGUCCCCCCGGUGUUUGUCCCCCUGGUGUAUGUCCCCGCGGUGGUGUAUGUCCCCCUGGUGUAUGUCACCCCCGGGUGUAUGUCCCCCUGGUGUAUGUCCCCCCCGGUGUAUGUCCCUCCGGUGUAUGUCUCCCUGGUGUAUCACCCCCUGGUGUAUGUCUCCCCGGCGUAUGUGCCGCCGGUGUAUGUCCCCCAGUAUUAUUUCCACCCGGUGUAUGUCCCUCCGUGUAUUUACCCCUGGUGUAUGUCCCCCGUUGUAUAUCCCCCUGUGUAUGACCUCCGGUGUAUGUUCCUCUGUGUAUGUCCCCCCGGUGUAUGUCUCCCCCUGUGUAUGUCUCCGACGGUGUAUGUCCCCCCGGUUUAUGUCACUCCGGUGUACGUCUCCAUGGUGGAUGUCCCCCCGGUGUAUGUCCCCCUGGUAUGUCCCCCUGCUGUGUAUGUGCCCCCGAUCUAUGUCCCCCGGUUUUAUAUCACCCCGGGGUAUGUCCCCUUGGUAUAUGUCCCCCCGGUGUAUGUCCCAUUGGUGUUUGUCCCCCCGGGGUAUGUCCGCUCGGCGCAUAUCCCCCCUGGUGUAGAUUAUUUCCACCCGGUGUAUGUCCCCCCGGUGUAUGUCCACCAGUUGUAUGUCUCCCCCUGUGUAUAUCUCCGACGGUGUAUGUCCCCCGGUGUAUGUCCCCCGGUGGAUGUCCCCCUGGUUUAUGUCCCCCUGGUGUAUGUCUCCAUGGUGGAUGUCCCCCUGGUAGAUGUCCCCCCGGUGUAUGUCUCCCUGGUAUAUUAA